UAUAUAUGUGUUUGUUCUUUAUUUGUUUAUUGAUCUUAAGGUAGUUCCUUUGGUACCUGUUUGAUAUUGCUCUAAUCUUCUUGAAUAAGAAUCUGACCACAGUAGAUAAGAAAGUCUCAGUUUUGCUGGCAUUCUACUGUUUAAACUUCCUUCUUUUGAUAAUUCCUUCUAUUGUACUAUUUAAUGACGCAGUUUCUGACUGGAUGCGAUUGCUUCUUCCUUUGGCUGUUGAGAGAGGAACUUGCAUAAUCACCAACAUGGGUGCAAGAAAGGUUAUAGAAAUAGCAUGCAGCUUUGGGCUUAGUGUUUCUGUUGCUGUGGCUCAUGAGAUUUCUCUCACAAAUAUAGGUUCAGCCUCUCAUGAGAAGUCAUUUUUGAUGGAAGGUGGUAUUAGCACCUAUCUGGGAGCGGCUCCGAUUGUUGAAUGUGGUUUGGAAAAGUAUCAGCCAAAUGUAAUUAUCACUUCACGGGUUGCAGAUGCUGCCUUAUUUUUAGCACCAAUGAUUUAUGAACUUGGUUGGAACUGGAACAACUUGGAGCAGCUAGCACAGGGGUCUCUGGCAGGCCAUCUUCUAGAGUGUGGUUGUCAACUCAUGGGGGGAUACUUCAUGCACCCAGGGGACAAGUCUCGAGACAUGUCUUCCUCUCAGCUCCUAGACUUUUGACUUCCUUAUGCUGAAAUUAGCUCUGAUGGAAAAGUAUGUGUAGCGAAGGCAGAGGGUAGUGGUGGGGUUUUGAACUUAAAUCAACAACUUCUUUAUGAGAUCGGGAAUCCGGGUGCUUAUGUAACUCCUGAUGUGAUAAUUGAUAUCCGGGAUGUUUCAUUCUACCCAUUAUCAAGUUGUAAGGUCCUGUGUGCUGGAGCAAAACCAUCUGCAGUAUCAGUUCCUGAUAAACUCUUGCUGUUGGUUCCAAGUUUUCAGGACAUUGGUUGGAAAGGAUGGGGUGAAAUAUCUUAUGGAGGCUUUGAAUGUGUUAAACGUGCCAAGAUUGCUGAAUUUCUGGUGAGAUCAUGGAUGGAAGAAGUAAUUCCUGAUGUUAGCAGCCAUGUAGUUUCUUAUAUAGUUGGGCUUGAUAGCCUGAAGGCAAGUGGUCUUAGUGACACUGCUUCAUGUCAGAUGGUUAGCGAUAUUAGGUUACGUAUGUAUGGGUUAUUCAAGCUAAAGGAGCAUGCAGUCCAAUUUAUUACAGGUUUUACUGCUUUAUAUACAAAUGGACCAGCUGGUGGUGGUGGUAUCAGAAUUCUUACUAAAGCCAAAUCCUCAAUGAAACAGUAAAAGGGAGCAACAAUCAGAUGCAGAAUCCAAGUCGAUGAUCUUACCUCAAUGGAGAAGAUAUACACGUAGUCAAAUCAGGAUAACUGUUUUGUGCAGAACGUUUCUAGAAAGCCAAAAAGAGAACGAGGAUGGAUGGAAUGGUGGCAGUGUGUUUUGGCUGUUUCCAGUUUUAAGCCCUGUAAAGUUGGAGAGUGUCAUUAAAAUAAAGCACAGCUCAGGUUUAGAGGGUGGUGUAAGAAGGGGAUUGGGAGGUGUGAUGCACGUGCUCUGAAGCUGGAUUAGGAUAUAUGAUGCUCCGUGUAGAAGAUAUACACGUAGUCAAAUCAGGAUAACUUCCACCUAUGCCGUGACCCACCUAGUCCUAAUAAGCAGCCCCAACCACCCUCUGGAGCUCGAGUUAGCCUCCGACCAGGUGUACGGCGGUGGCGAAUAAAUUUUUGAGGAGGCCAGAAAAUUAAUGAAUCAACGUUGCCUCUUCUCUCAAUUAACCACUCAUGUCAUGACACACCCCCUUCAAUGAGUCACUGAGAGUUUAAACAUUUUUAAUUGUUCUAGAUGAUGUUUGAGACACUUGAGAUACAUGUGACAGGAGAGCUUUUAAUGAGACCACUAGAAUGAGGAUUUCAUGAGUAUUUUUUAAUCAACGGUUAAGAGACUCACUUUUCGAUUAUAUUACGACAU